GUUAGCACGAGCAGAUAGGUAUUCGGUGGUCAAUUUUUAUUUUUAUUUUUUAAAUUCUACUUCAAGAGAUUAAUAUUAAAAGAUUAGAUAAAAGUGUUUAGUAUCCUGAAUGAUCUUUUCGUAUAUGUAGGUUUGAUUUCUUUUAAUUCACUAAAAAAUUGAUGUUUUGCAAAUUUUAUUGGUUAAAAGAUUAAAUAAAAGUGUUUAUUAUUUACUAUAGUAAUUAUGUUGUAGUAAAUAGACUUUUACUAGGUGUAUUUGAAAUUUUGAAUGGUGGUUAACUUAAAGUUGCGUUCGGUGUGAGGCUAGGACACAUAACAAGAAACAUGGUGACAUGUUGUUUGUGAUUGGCGCGUUACCCAUAGGUAUUGGGGUGAGCCGUGCAAAAAAAGUAGGAGGAGACAGAAGACACAGUGGAACAGCGAAUUUUUUAUUUUUUGGUCAAAGCGGGGUCUUUAGCAUGUUUCGAGGGAUGAUGAGCGUGAAGGCUCCCAUGGGUUGGUGUCUGUGUUUCAAACCAAACAAUAUUACAAAUAAGGUGCGAACGCCACAACACCCUCGUAGCCGCCAAGGUAUGCACCAACAUAACAACUUUCCUUCGCAUUAGCCCUACCCUAGUAGUUACCUUUACUCCUUCAUUCGCCGCAUCUCUCUCUCCGUACCUGAUAUACUACCUCUAUUACCAGUGUGCUCCGUACUGCUUCCGAGACUAACGCGAUGGCGCUUACUUUCGAGGUUCUUGGCAGAUUCAACCGUGCUCGCGCUGCGAGGUUGAGACUCCCUCAUUUUGUGUGCCAAACUCCGUUGUUUAUGCCUGUGGGCACACAAGGAACAAUAAAGGCAUUGACAAAUAGCCAGCUUGAGGAUAUUGGUUGCCAAAUAAUACUUGGAAAUACAUAUCACUUGGCCCUUCGACCUACUUCUGAGCUUCUUGAUGAAGUUGGUGGUCUUCAUAAUUUUAUGAAUUGGAAACGGGCUCUGCUUACAGACUCUGGUGGCUUUCAAAUGGUUUCACUGUUGCAUCUUGCUGAUAUCACAGAAAAAGGUGUGACAUUUCAGUCACCAGUAGAUGGAAAACCAAUGCUUCUAACACCUGAGGAAUCGAUUCAAAUCCAAAACCGAAUUGGAGCAGAUAUCAUUAUGGCUCUCGAUGAUGUUGUAAAGACCACCAUUACUGGUCCACGAAUAGAGGAAGCCAUGUAUCGAACUCUUAGAUGGAUAGACAGAUGUAUAGCAGCUCACAAGAGACCUCAUGAUCAGAACUUGUUUGGUAUCGUGCAAGGUGGUUUAGAUCCCAUAUUGAGGGAUAUCUGUGUCAAAGGUUUGGUGGAGCGCAAUUUGCCUGGCUAUGCUAUUGGUGGUCUUUCAGGCGGUGAAGAUAAAAAUUCAUUUUGGCGAGUUGUUGCUCAGUGCACUGCUGCUUUGCCAGAGGACAAACCACGAUAUGUUAUGGGAGUUGGUUAUCCACUUGAUAUUGUUGUUUGUAGUGCUUUGGGUGCUGAUAUGUAUGAUUGUGUGUAUCCUACCCGCACAGCACGCUUUGGCACUGCUCUUGUUCCUGAGGGAGUAUUGAAACUAAAACACAAAGCAAUGGCUGAUGACACCCGUCCAAUUGAUCCUACUUGCCCUUGUAUGGUUUGCAAGACCUACAGCAGGGCUUACAUCCAUUGCCUUGUGACAAAAGAUGCAAUGGGGUCUCAACUUUUGUCAUAUCAUAAUUUAUACUACAUGUUGCAGCUCAGUAGGAAUCUACACUCUUCAAUAGUUGAAGGAAGGUUUCCAGAAUUUGUAUGCGACUUUCUACGCAAAAUGUUCCCGAAAGGUGAUGUUCCUGAAUGGGUCUGCGAUGCUAUGGAGGUGGCUGGAAUCGACAUUUCUUCCUGCUGUGCUCAGUUUUCAUCAUGCCAAGAACAUGAUUCCAAAAGUAUGCCCGAAGAAGAAGUUAGUUUAGUGAGGUAAAAAUGAUAUACACGGACCAACAGAAACAUUGAAGAGAUACACUAUAGUUUACUAUGAUUUUUUCGGCAUAAAUUUUGUAUCCUGCUUAUGCCGCUUCAGUAAAAAUUAUCAAAGGUUAGGCUUAUACUAGGUUCCUUUAGGGUUAGGUUCUUAUUUAUCACGCAGGCAUCUGAAGAUUCGUCUUGUAUUCUAGAGAAUGUAAAACGAUGGAUUCAAAUUACACUUUGUGAGACGUUAUACUGAUAAGAGUAAAGCCAAAGCUUAAAUGUAACUCCUUUACAUCCACAAGUAUAUCUUUGUUCAAUUUC